GCCACCGCUGCACCUACGCCUACCACGGGAGGUGGACGAAAUAAUAGCUACUAGCAAGUCUAUAGAUCAUAUACACUUUUUUUCAGAGAGAGUAUCUAUUUUGUUCGUUUUUCGCCCUGUGAGCAAUUGCAAUCCACCCGCCUGCCUCGCUGCGACAAGGGAGGUGCUGGACGAGAUUCUGAUUCGCUUCGACACAACAUCGACUACAUUCAUUUUUUUGUUUCAUACUUUUUUCAAAAGCAGUAUAUUCUAGUUGUUAAACAGAGAAAGACAUGCCAAACGCACUUCAAAGUCUCCGCAGCACCUUAUCGGAACUCACCGCGCAGGCUCGGAGACGCUCCUCCUUGCUGAAAUCGAAACAGAAACAGGACAAGGACAAACAAAUAAACUCUACCACUACCUCACGACGCCCCAGUGCUGAAUCCUUGGCUCAGGCCUCGUCGAAUAAGGACCUGGAUAAAAAGUCUGAGGUUGUUCCUUCCACCUUCCUCCAGGACUUCUACGAAACGGGCGACGCAGUUUUGGGCUCUGUGGACGAAGCAGCGUUGCAACAGAACAUCAUGGAGACCAUCACCUGCGGCAGCUGUUUCACGAAAAACCGGGUACCGGCCGGUACCGUGCACUUCAAAUGCUUCCGCUGCGGGGCAUUGGCGAAAGUGGAGCGCAAUCCGAAAAUUGUGGCGGACCGCAACCAGGAAGCGGAGAUGCGGAACCGGGAAGACGAGGAACUGAUGCAGGCGAUAAUCGAGAGUGAAGUCUCACACGUAUUUACCACACAAUAAUAAUUCUACAUGCAAAAAUCAUAAAAAUUUGCAUUCGAAUGAUUUUUUUACCGCCUUGCUGCAUAAACACAUUCUUCACAGCCGUACCCUUGAUCUCGAAAAAUCCCAUUCGUCCCCGAAAGAAAUGGAAGAUGAAAUAAAACGAGCAAUCUAUCACAACAGGGCCGCAUGUUAGCCGGGAAAAACUCCGUCUCUCCGGACCAAGUCGAACAGGACAGGAUAAGAAGCACCAGCACAAGCUCUUCUGGCCUUUUAGACUCAACGCCCCCCGCCAGGCCGCAGCCCGUGUCUGCGUCUGCUCUGUCGCAGAAGUUGUUCCAGCCUGAGGAACGGGGUAAAACUACGGCGGCGACUACGGGUCCUCGUGGGCUCUUUGACGACAAGAACAUCUCUACCUCCCUGUUGACCCGCGACAAACAGGAGCAGCAGGAGCAGAGAUCCACAGCCGGCGGUAGUAGUGGUGCCUACAACGCCCAGAAUUAUUCCCCCUCCCGACCUACCGCUGCAUCGCAAUCUCAGGCAAGGGAGGCCCGGGGCCUCUUUCCAUCGGCCACCACCAGUGCAACUGCAGCGUCGGCAGCUGGAACGACAAGGGGGACGCCAGACAGGCAGGAUAUGCAUUGCAAAAGUAUCGUACUAGUAUAAAUUGCAUCACAAAAAAUUUUGGCAAGAAGAAAAGAGGAAUUUGUAAUGCUGUCUCACCUUAGGAAGGAGAUUUGUCGUGCAUAUUUGCAAUUAGUACGACUACGAUACUUUUGCACAGGAUACCGGAUACGACACACCAAAGUAGUUCUGCAACGAGAACGAACGCGAACACAAAGCACAUUAUCCUGUACAAAAGUAUCGCGCGACCCGUUCUCAUCGUAAUUACCGCAUGACAAAUGCCAUUCCUGAGCAAAAGCUGCACGACACGCUCCGUUACCGUUUUCCGUGUUGCAGCAAAAAUGAAAGUCUGUCAACAUGUAGCACCUAGUUGCAGAUAGUAACAGGGCGAAAUGUUGCGUAGCCCGUGGGAGUAUAAGAAUUAAGAACAUAAGCCUAGCCGCACUGGCGGCAAGCCUCACGUGCACCAUCAGAAGUGCAGUAUUGGCCGUUCUUUGCGGUGUCUCACCAUCAGAAGUGCGAGCUGCGAGGAGCGGGGCGCACCGCCUAAAGUUCUAAAAAGUUCCCAACCGCCCGAUAGAUAGAUAGAUAGAUAGAUAGAUUCACGAUACUUUUGCAAUGCAUACGGAUGAGCCCGUUACUUCGACCGGAGAAUUUGGCCGACGACCGUGUGUACAUCGAGGCUCUGGAACAGAAAAUUAAAACAUUGGAAGUGAACUCGAAAUUUUUGGAAAAAGAACUCGCGCAGCAGGACAAGAAUACCGAGGACGUAUUUUUUUUUUUCGGAGCAUGUGACUUCGAUGUUGUUGUGCAGCAUAAUUUUUUAUGAAAAUGCAUGCUACGACAUCCAGUGACAUUGUGAGUCGUGCUAUGAGCUUGUGUGUGAAAAAGAGCGCGCUUAUUCCAUGUCAAACUUCACCACAGGCCGUCGCCGAACGCGACGUGGCUACGAAAGAGCUGAGCGCGGCCGUUGCGGAGAUUGAGAAGCUGCUGAAGCAGAACCACGAGAAAGACAUUGUGAUCAAAAAACUGACGAAGCAAUUGCAGCAAAACGAAACCGUUUCCGACGCGGAGAUCUUGGUCACGCAAUUGCAGGAUCGAGUGGAGGAACUGGAGGCGCAGUAUCCAGGAAAAUAAAACACCCCUCCCCAUCCAAUUUGUCAUGCAAAACAUGCAUAUUAUGCAUGUUUUGCAUGACAAAUUGCAUGUUUUGCAUGACAAAUCCAUUUUUUGCAUGACAAACACUGCAGUUUAUGCCAUAAACUGCAGUGUUUGUCAUGCAAAAAAUGGAUGGGGGUGGCGUAAGUGUUUUUUCCUGGAUACGCAGCUGCAGAGCUUGGGCAUCGACCCCGUGGACAAGGACUGA